CAAAGCACCAUCUAUCGCUAAAUUACUUGAAAAGCUCUUUACGAAGGAUAACUUCACCCCUAAGGAACUGCGGAUUUGGAUCUGCCCUCAACGAGUCUCGCGGCAACAGCCUCAUCCGACCUAGUGCUCUGGUGCAGAUAUUUGUUUUUCCCUCAAACAUCGCGAGAUAGCAACUUCGCCUACCAAGAAGAGAGAGAAAAGAAUGGACGAUGCUGCAAGAUCCGGUAUGACAACGCGAAUACUCCCAAUCGACCGAUCACAUAUCUACGAUGUGUCAUUCGACUACCGAGAUUGCUCUCUGGAUUCAUUCGACUUUUCUCUGCGUGAAGGUCCUACGGAGACACACCUGAAAAUCGCGGCAGAGAAACUGCUCAAUUCCGACAUUCCCGUUGCCUUUCCAACAGAAACUGUGUAUGGCUUAGGAGCCAUCGCUACAAAAAGCUCUGCAGUCCAGGGUAUCUUCAAGGUCAAGGGCAGACCGGUGGACAACCCGUUGAUCGUACAUGUUUGCUCAGUCCAACAGUUGAGGCAGCUUCUGCAGCCCACGUCGUCGCAAGCUAGGUUGGACGCUACGCUAGACCCCAUUCCUAAUGUCUACAAGUCACUCAUCGAGAAAUUCUGGCCCGGCCCUCUUACAAUCCUUCUUCCAUGCCCAGAAAACUCGGAAUUGGCGCCCGAGGUUCAUCCGGGAUUAAAAACUUUCAGCGUCAGAAUCCCGGAUGAUCCUUUGGCUUUGGCUUUGAUCCAGCUUUCUGGUCCUAUCGCAGCUCCCUCGGCGAACGCUUCCACAAGACCUUCUACAACGACUGCACAACACGUGAAGGACGACCUUGAAGGCAAGAUCGAAAUCAUCCUCGACGGCGGAACUUGCGCAGUCGGUCUCGAAAGUACUGUAGUGGACGGCUUGUCUAAUCCUCCCUGCAUCCUCCGCCCAGGCGGCAUAAGCCUUCAGCAGAUUAGACAAUGCGAAGGUUGGGAGGGUGUCAUUGCUGGAUACGAUUGUCAAAGUACAACAAUUCCGAAGGCUCCCGGGAUGAAAUACCGUCACUACUCUCCAAGGGCCUCAGUCAUUCUUUACGAGGCGGGCAGUUCUGGCCCGAUCCUAGAGGAUGCACGGAAAGUGGGUGUCAUACGGACAAUGAAGUGGGAAUCACAGAUUGGUGGAGAUGCUGGUCCCAUAAAGGAUAGCUUAAUACCAAUCCCCAUCCGCUCCCCUAAGGGCACCCACUGGGAAGUAUGGUUGGGCGAUGACUUGGAAAGCAUAGCUAGAGGGCUUUUCGCUGCAUUAAGACACUUGGACGAUCAAGGGGUCGAUGCCAUUCAUGUCGAAGGUAUUCCGGAGACUGACGAUCUCGCCGCCACUAUCAUGAAUCGGCUGAGAAAAGCAGCUAUUCAAAUUUGCACAUAGGCCUCAUAGCUCGAAGCUUUAUACGUACGGUUUGAUCCAAA